UGUCAAUUUUAACAACAAUUUCCUAAAGGACUUUGAAAAAUACAUAGGGGACAAUGUUAUCCAAAUGUUUAAGGAUACAAUUUUUGGACCCUUUUUAGACAUUUCUAAAUGUAAUUUUCAGGGCCAAAUAACUAAGUGCUUAUUGCUUUUAGAAUUGGAACAAAGCAACCCUAAUGUGUUGCAUAUUAGACAUUCCAACGGGUGUGUCCUGAAAUUUGGUAUAGAUGAAUUUGCAUUAUUAACAGGACUUAAGGUCAGAGGAAAUACCAAUGAUUUCAAAUACCCAGAACAAACUAAUUGUAUGCUUUUUAAAAAGUAUUUCCCUGGUGCAGUCAAUAGUGUUACAAAGCAUCAACUAGUUCAAAGGUUUAAGAUGGGUAAUUGGGAGAGCAAUCAGGAUGCACUCCAAAUGUCUAUACUGUUCUUUAUUCAUACAUUUGUAUUAGCUACUCUUGAUAAUACAGCGAUAUCUAUUGUCGACUUUCUAAUGGUUGAAGAUGGUAGAUAUCAACAUUUUCCUUGGGGUCAGCUAUCAUUUUCCAAACUAAUUGGUUCACUUAGACAGGAUUUUGACGUUAGUAAAAAGUUGGAACGAUUAUAUGGGAUGCCAUAUGCACUAAAUGUUUGGAUAUACGAAUGUGCAUCCAAUUUAAAUUCAGAAAUAGCUGUGAGAGAACGCAAUGUCAUCCCAAGAAUAUGCAAUUGGAGAGUUGUGUCUGAAAAGGCAAAGUUUGAAAUGCUUAUGUCUACCAUUUUCCAAGAGAAUGCAUGUUCAAACAUUGUCCCAACAGCAGAGGAAAUUGAAGCUUUUGAUAUUGCUCAAGUUGAACAUGCUCAUUCUACAUCAAUACCAUUAGUACAACCAAACGAGGAAGAUGAUUUAGAUAAUUUCUCCACAAAACCGCCCGAACAGUUAUUGAGGACAUAUUCUAGAGUGUCUGAUACAUCUCCUCCACCACCGCCAAAAAGAAGAAAAAAAUCGAUUAUUCAAAAAAAGAAGGUGUCAGAACAGAACCAGCCUGAUCAAUCAAAUGUGUCUCCGACACCGGAUGAUGAUGUACAUGUUUCCAUGUCAAGUCUGCCUCAACAUUCGAAUGCUGAUGAUGUACAUGGUUCUGUUCCACAAGUGUCACCGAAAUCGGCUGCUGAUGUACAUGGUUCUGUUCCAGACGUUUCUCAGAACCCGGCUGCUGAUGUUCAUGGAUAUGCAGAUUCACAGAAUGUCAACAAUAUAAUUCCUCAUAUUGAAGAGUUGAAAGGACAUUUGAAAACUUACGUUGACAAGAAAUUUGAGGAACUGAUUAUUUUGAUAAAAGCAAAUCACUCCCAGCUGAUGCAAUCUAUUAGCAAAGAGAACAUCAAUUUUCAGGCUGAUACAAGCACAUUUCAGUCUGACAAACAAACAUCUCAGCAAAUACCAGUUGAUCUCGAUGAUAUGGGUGGUGUAGCUGAGGAUGGUGGUGGUUUUUCUGGUAAAAAUGGUGAGCAUCAUAUCGUCGACGAUGCAGGGGAUGUCGAUGUGGAUGGUGUUGGUGUUUCCGUAAAUGAGGGUGAACAAAUAGUCAGUGAUAAUCCAAAGGAUGGUGACGCACAUCAGUCGCACCAAGAUUUAAAUGAACAUAUCAUGGACCAAGCCGUUGAUGACAAUGUUCAGCACAACAUCCCUCAUGUAUUGCCCGAAAAAACAACAACGGAUUCAUUGGUACAUUUUUCAAUUUUGAUUUAUGACACACAAUUUCAUUACACACAUAUUUAUUUUAAAAAUCAUUACAUCAUAUUAUACAGGAUUCUUCAACUUCAACAACAAUAUCGCCAUCAACUCAAGCAGCAAUAGAUGCGCUUAUCAAAGAUUUGGGUAAAGAUGCUACCAAUGCUAGACCAUUAUAUUCUUACGAUCCGCAGAAUAUAACUAGCAGCCAGUACUUGUUGACCGACAGUCAAUUACCCACUGAUAUUCCAA